UUCAUUGUUGCUUAAGCAGCUGUACGUAACGGUUCAAUCUAAUUGUGAGCGGAAGUGAAUAAACAAAACAUUAAUAAGCUUAAAGCUUGAACGAAAUAAUAAACACAAAAUACAACCAAAGAAUUAAAUAUACAACAGACACCUGUAUUUAAACAUAUUUCUCAGGCAAACGUUAAGUUUAAAAGCGCGAAAGUUAAGACAUUCCAUAUCGAAAACAAAUUUAAAGUGCUGAUCACCCAAAACACAAAAUGAAUUUAUCCUUUGCUGGCUGCGGAUUUCUUGGAAUAUAUCACGUCGGCGUUGCUGUCUCCUUCAAGAAAUAUGCCCCGCAUUUACUUCUAGAAAAAAUCGGAGGUGCCUCCGCUGGGUCCCUGGCAGCAUGCUGCCUGCUAUGCGAUUUGCCACUAGGUAGCAUGACCUCCGAUUUCUUUCGCGUGGUGAACGAGGCGCGCCGGCACUCGCUUGGGCCCUUCAGUCCGUCGUUCAACAUACAGACCUGCCUGCUGGAGGGACUCCAGAAACAUCUGCCAGAUGACGCACAUAAGCGUGUCAGCGGACGUUUGCACAUCUCACUGACACGGGUGUACGACGGCAAGAACGUGAUAAUUUCGGAGUUUGCGUCCCGCGAAGAGGUGUUGCAAGCACUACUUUGUGCCUGCUUUAUUCCGGGCUUUUCUGGAAUUUUGCCACCGCGUUUUCGGGGCGUGCGGUAUAUGGACGGUGCGUUCUCGGAUAACUUGCCAAUCCUGGACGAAAACACCAUUACUGUCAGCCCUUUUUGUGGCGAGAGUGACAUUUGUCCGCGCGACCAAAGCUCGCAACUAUUCCACCUUAAUUGGGCCAACACAAGCAUCGAGAUAUCACGGCAGAAUGUCAACCGCUUUGUACGCAUUCUGUUCCCGCCGAGAGCUGAGUUCCUCUCAAAGUUCUGCCAGCAGGGAUUUGAUGAUGCACUGCAAUUUCUGCAUCGCAAUAACCUAAUCAACUGCAGACGCUGCAUAGCUGUUCAGUCCACAUUUGUAGUUUCUGAAACAGUUGCGACAUCGCAGGAGACGGAAUCAGAGUGCCGCGAGUGCAAAAAGCAUAGAAAGGAUGCGUUAAGCUCAAACAUGCCGGAAACCGUGUUGGACGUUAUACAAGACUAUUUGGAGCAGGCUAACAAGGGCUUGGCCAAUUGGAUAUUUAAGCAUCGCGGCAUUAAAUUGCUUUCGCUGCCGGCUACAGUCCCGAUGGAUUUCUUUCUGGCCACAGUAUCAAAAAUUACCACCUUAACGCCAAAGCUGACGAAGCAAAUGCGUCAAAUAGCUGAAGAGUUUAUUGUUCAGCUUAAUAAUGCCAUGACAGUUCGUUUUCUCAACAAGUUCUCGCUCUACGAUCAGCCACACUUUGAUGCUACUGGCCUUCUUCACUCCAACCAUUUGUAUAACCCACAUGUUUCAAUUCUUGUCGAUAAAUGUGAUACAACACCUUUAGAUAGCGAUGUCGGGCAUGUCAUUGAGAUGACUGCACACAACGACGCGCUAUAUGCGUACUAUUACACAGAUAAUAAUACCAACAAUAUUAAAGUGACCGAAAUAUUCGAUUUUGAUGACAUGACGAAGCAUGAACUCUCUACCGAUUUACAAGUCUAUAAUGGGUCAGUCGAUGAUCAUGAGGCUGCGCAUCAGAAGAGCUUUAAUCCAGAAGUCAGCGAAUGGAAUGGUAUUGAAUCGGACUAUUUUAUAGAUGAACAUACGCCGAAUACUAGCCCCUUGGCGACGCGUAUCGCGUAACCGUAGUCAGUUUUCCUGAGGCUGAACAAGGUUUAACCGAAUUGUACAUAAACAUAUAUAUGUUGAAUACCCAAAAUUGUAUAUGCUUCAGUUAUAGUCUUUUUAUAAUUUGUAACGCAACGAACCCAAAGUGGCUUGUAGCCAAGCAUUUGUUUGCUUAAAAACAUAUAUUAUAUUAUAAAAACCUGAGUACCUAAUUAACUUAUAUUAAAUAUUCAAAAUGUACAGUAUGACCUACUUUUAAGUUACAACAAAAAAUGUAUAAUGGUAUAAGUUAAUGAAUUAUGUUAAGGUGGUAUGUAAUAGAAGAAAACAAAUAAAAAUACAAAAGUUAAGAAAACUCAAUGAUUGAAAA